AUGACCUUUUUGAUAUUGCACAUAUGAAUGCAUUGGAUAUUAUUAAAAUAGAAGUAGAUCGACAAUUCUUACUAUCUCAAAGAGAAAAAGGCAGAAUUGGUUGUAUGCUUGGUAAAGAUAAAAAUUUACAAAAAACUGAAGAAAGAGUAAUUACUCGGUUAGAAGCAGUUACAAAACGGAAAAAGAGAGCUUAUGGAGAAAUUGAACAAGCAAGACGUACUGUCGACAGUGAAAUAAUUUGUUCUACAAGUUCUGAUAGCGAUUCUGAUACUGGUGAAAAUAUUUCAAACAAAUCGUUAGAUAUUGGUAACACAUCCGAAUUCCUAGAUCUUCAUACGUUUCAAAGUAGAGGUAAGAAAAAUUUUAUAACGCCGAAACUUGCAAUCGCAUUGGACAGGUGUAAAAUAAGUGAUCGCGAUGCAGUUCAUAUAUUGACAGCUACUGUAGAAGCGUUUGGUAUACACGUAAAGGAUUUAAUUUUAAAUCGGACAUCUAUUAACCGAAUACGCCAGCGCUUACGUAAGGAUAGAGCAGAUCAACUUCGAAAAGAAUUCAAUACAUCAGAAGUAGGUCCAGUUGUUGUUCAUUGGGAUGGUAAGCUACUCCCAGAUUUAACAGGUAAAGAGCUUGUUGAUCGAUUACCAGUUAUUGUUUCAUAUAAAAAUUCCGAAAAACUGUUAAGUGUACCUAAUCUCAUAUCUGGAACUGGUCAAAAUCAAGCGGAAGCAGUGUUUCAAGCACUUGAAGAAUGGGGCCUUAUCGAUCAUGUACAAGCUCUAUGUUGCGAUACAACAGCUUCGAACACGGGCCGUCUAAAAGGAGCAUGUAUAAUCCUGGAACAAUUAUUAGAACGUGAUAUUUUAUACUUUCCUUGCAGGCAUCACAUUUAUGAAAUUAUACUUAGAUCGGCAUUUGAAGUAAACUUUGUGGUUACGUCUGGUCCAGAUAUUCAAAUUUUUAAACGUUUUCAACAAUUUUGGCCAAAAGUUAAUAUCAAUAAUUAUAAUACUGGAUUAGAAGAUAUAAUUGUCAGUGAAAAAUUAAAUGAUAUAACUAAUGUUAUGUUAUUAUUUUACAUGGACCAAUUACGCAAACCUCACAACAGAGACGACUACAGAGAAUUGUUGGAAUUAGCUGUAAUAUUUCUUGGUGGUACCCCUACUCGUGGUAUAUCUUUUAAGUAUCCAGGUGCAAUGCACCACGCCCGUUGGAUGUCUAAGGCCAUUUAUUCUCUAAAAAUAUUUAUAUUUCGUAAGCAAUUUAAAUUAAAAAAAAAUGAAGAAGAUUCAAUUCGUUCAAUUUGUAUUUUUCUUAUUCGAUUGUAUAUUAAGGCAUGGUUUUGUGCACCUAUUGCCUCUUUAGCUCCAUUUCAAGACUUACAAUUUUUGAAAAGUCUCGUCGAUUAUGAAAAUAUACAUAAAAAAAUUUCUCAAUCAACAUUAAAAAAACUAUGUGGACACUUGUGGUAUUUAGCACCUGAAACAGUAGCAUUGGCAUUUUUUGAUACUAAUUUAACAAUUGAAACAAAAAUUAAAAUGGUAGAUUCUAUAAAACUAAAUAAUUUAACUUCUGAAAUUAAUAAACGAAUCAUUGUUUCACCAAAUGAAGUAACUCAAAUCAUGAAGAAAGAAAUAUAUGAUUUUAUUUACGUUGAAUCUACAUCAUUUUUUUCACGAUUUGGAAUAUCAACAUCAUUCUUGGAGCAACAUCCAUCAAUGUGGGAUGAAAAUGUAGACUUUCAAAAAGGUCUUGAAAUUGUAAAUACAUUUCGUGUUACAAAUGAUACGGCAGAAAGAGGGGUAAAGCUCAUGGAGGAGUAUAAUAAGGUCUUAACAAAAAAUGAAGAGCAAAAACAAUACGUGCUUCAAGUUGUCGAAGAUUAUCGCCGAAAAUACCCAAACAGUUUAAAAACUACGGUUUUAAACCCAUUUUAAUUAUUUUUCUUUGUAUGCUAUAAAAUAUAAAUAUUAAACAAAUUAAUUCAUCCAUCAAACCAAUGAGGCUCUUUUUUAAUAACAAUUAAAUGUAUAUUAUAUAUAAUACCUACGUUUUGUAAUAAUAU